AUGGACUAUUCAAAUCGCCCACCAAGGAAGUGGUCUUCAGAAGAGGACCAGAAACUGCGAAACGAAGUCGAGAUGCAGAUGGUAAUUGAUGGAGAAGUCAAGGAUUGGUGUAGGAUCGCCGAUAGCCUCCCAGGUCGUACGAACAAAGACUGCAGAAAACGCUGGCACAACUCUGUAGCGGGAGGCCUAAAGAAAGGACAGUGGUCAAGUAGUGAAGAUCAACUACUAGUAAGAGGCGUGGAACAGCAUGGGCAGAGAUGGACAGUAGUGGCAAGCUGGGUUGGAACACGGAGCGCAGACCAGUGUGCAAAGCGUUGGCAACAGUCACUCGAUCCCAAUCUGGACCGCAGUGAAUGGCGCGAUGUCGAUGAUACAAUGCUUAUCAGUGCCGUUCGUCGACUCGGACGCCACUGGAAAGAUAUUCAGAAUGAGCAUUUCCCCGGGAGGUCGAAGAACGAUAUCAAAAAUCGCUACACAGUUCUUGUCCGAAGAUACCAGAAUCAGGGUAUCACGCUUCCUAAUGCUCCAAGUUCUCCUUCUGACUGUGGUACACCUGCUGCAUUGUCAAGUUACCCUGAUGACAACGAUUACACCUCCUUCAAUCCACAACUUUACGAUACUAUAUUACCAUCUCAGCCAGAAUUCGACACCAAUGAAUACUCAACAUGGUCGUCUCCCCAAGCAUACGCCAUGUCUACCACGAUUACCGCCCAAAACAACCACCACCCAUCGAAUGCCCAUAGCCCAUAUGCAUAUACUCAGCCACCACCACUACCAUCAAACAUGCCAUUAGAUUGGGACGGUGUCCCACACUACAUGCACCACCCAUCGCCCUUACUGCAGAGCAACGCACCCACGAACACGCCCGUCUACGGCUACAGCGCAUACCAGCAACCGCACAUGUCUCACGAUAUCGGUAGCUACACAGCCUCCACGACGCAAACAUGCUAUGCCACCAUGUCGAACCAGCACUCAUCACCACCACCACCUCCCCCAUUCGGUCAGCAGCACGGCUACCCGCCAAACACGAUGCCCAUGUCUCGUGAUCCCAGGCAUCCACAUUAUCCUUUUUACCAUUCGUGAGGCAGUGCAAAAAUUAUCGAAAGGUCAUAGCGAGCGCGGGCUUGGCAGCGCGCGCGGUUAAUAGGCUAGGAUUUGUUGCUCUUUGGGACCCAGUUUGUGACAUAGGGUUGGGAUAGUUAACUUGGUUUAGCGUGCGUGUGCGUGACGGAAUCGCAAUAAUGGAAUUCGGAA